CCUAGCUUGCUUGUGCAAGAGAUCACAUUAUCAACAUGAAUCUUUUGACCAUAUGACAAGGUUAUCCAUCCUUGUUCCAAAAAAAAUGCACUCUUUUAAACGCUAGUCAAUGGUUUAGGUAGCCAUUGGAAAUCAUAUGACUUUCCCCUCUUUUAAGACCUCAAAUCCAUAAAGACAUUAUUACUUAACAUAUUGAUGUAAUUCUGUGUUUAUAGUUUCAGGACAAAGAGUAUCUAAGAAGAUGAAAAGGGGGAAAAAUACAUUCAACAACUUGAAAUGCUGGAAUUUGAAUAACAUAAUGUUAAGGAUCCCAAUGUUUUUUUUUCAUAGCUAUUACAAAUGAUGAGAUGAUGCACAUGAUCUAUGUGAAAUCAGAGCCCCACAUGAUCCAUAUGAAAUCGUGUAUGUCCAUCUCAGUAUUUGGGAUAAUACUGUGAUCCGUAAAACUCCUGCCUGAAUAAUGUUGAGUCUGGGCGAGGACACAAAAACUGUUUGUUUCAUGCAUUUGUAUGAAGAAAGCAAAUAUGAUUGUAAUCUUCCAUGCAACCGAAAUUGACAAACUUUACAGGCAAAACAACCUUUUAAAAACUGCUCGACACUACUCCUUAAUAAGUGGCCAAUGCAUAUUGGAUGAGAAACUUCACACAAGACAAGGAAAUCCCUAUAGAAUACCUAAUCUGUGAAAAACUAUAUAGUUCCAAUUAGGAGACACAAUUCUUGCAUCUUCACUGUACAGAACCUUGUAUUUUCGUACACCUAAUUCACAAAAGAUUGUACUAAGACAGAUACAAUGGAGUGUGGAUUUAGGACUCUACCAAGUUCUAACAGCUCCAGCAGCACCAAUGCCCAUGUACUGCUUCUGCCAUUCCCUUCACAAGGCCAUGUUGCGCCGUUCAUGAAGCUGUCACACAAACUUGUUGAUCUUGGUGUCAAAGUCACUCUUAUGAUCACUGAAUUCAUACAUAAAAGGAUGAUUACUGAGCUCACUCAGCCACGGCCAGGUGAGGAAGUGCAUCCUAUAAGGAUAGUUGCUGUCCCAGAUGGACUUGGACCUGAGGGCAAUAGAGGAGAUGUCAAUAAACUAUCUGAAAGUUUCUUCAGAAUCUUGCCUGCUUAUAUGGAAGAUUUGAUCAAGAAGGCCAGUCAAUCUGAUGGUGAUGCAAAAGUUACUUGUGUCAUAGCUGAUCCAGUUAUGGUAAGCGCAUUAGAAUUUGCUGAUAAGAUGAGGCUAAAGAAAGCUACAUUUUUCACUUCAUCACCAGGAGUCUUGACCAUGAUACUACAGCUUCCAAAGCUCAUUGAAGCCGGCAUCAUCGAUGCUAAAGGUACUGCGACAAAGAAUGAGAAGAUUCAGCUGUCACCAACCCUGCCACCACUUAGCGCUGCUGAGUUCAUAUGGAAGUGUCCUGGAUACAAGUCCAUGGAAGAAAUUGUAUAUCAAUGUACACUUACUAUCAACCAGAAUGUGAAAACCUCCAACUGGGUUCUCUGCAACUGGUUUAAUGAGCUCGAUCCCUCGGUUGAAUGUUUGAUUCCAAAUAUAUUAACUGUUGGUCCAUUACUCGGUAAUGGGCGACCAACGGGGAACUUUUGGCCUGAAGAUUUAACUUGCUUGAGCUGGCUAGAUACACAAUCUCCAAACUCAGUCAUCUAUGUUUCCUUUGGCAGCACAUCAAUCUUCAGUCAGCAGCAAUUUCAGGAGCUAGCACUUGGCCUUGAACUUUCCGGUCGACCAUUUUUAUGGGUUGUCCGGGCAGACGCUACAGAUGGGGUCUCCCCCAAAUAUCCUGAAAACUUCAUUGAAAAAGUAAGUAAUGUUGGAAAGAUUAUUGAAUGGGCUCCUCAAGAGAAGGUGCUGGCUCACCCUUCUCUUCUGUGUUACUUGACUCAUUGUGGUUGGAAUUCAACUAUUGAGGGUAUCAGUAUGGGAGUUCCUAUGCUUUGUUGGCCUUAUCUUGGAGAUCAGUUUUAUAACAGGAGCUGUGUAUGUGAUGGUUGGAAGAUUGGUUUGGGACUGAAUUAUGAUGACAAUGGAAUUAUUACUAGGCAUGAGAUAAAGAAGAAGGUGAAUGAAUUGAUUGGUAGUGAUGAUAUAAGAACAAAUGCUUUGAAGCUGAAGGAACAGGCUCAGAAUAAUCUUGUUGAAGGAGGGUCUUCUUGGAAAAAUUUAGAACAAUUUGUUACACAAAUCAUGCUUUGAAUUAAGAUGAUGUUUGCUUCAUCAUGUCUUAUUAAGGUCUAUAAGUUCAGACUACUUAUUUAUCCAUCAUUGACUUUUACAA